AUGUCGGCCAUCCGUACGUCGGCCAGCUAUCAGAACUCUAACGGGCCGGUCGCCCAAAUCUGUCGCACCCUGCGUCUCCCUAUGGAUAGGUUGGAGGGUAGCUACUAUCCCGGUGAGGUUGACCCUUUUUACCAUCUCGAUGAGUUCAGUGAGGUCAUGUUGGAAUUCUACCAGCUCGAGAAUGAACCAGAAGGCCAUCUGCAUGUUUCUGAUCGUCGUGCUGCGUGCUACCGAGAGUUUGAAGGCUUCCCAGAAUAUUUGCGGGAUAACCGCACUCAACCCAGCCCAGAAAUAAGGGAUCCCCGCAACCCGGAACACCCCCUGGACAUACAUGACAGAAACUAUGCGGCAAAAACUAGUUGGCCAGGUCUAGAAGCUGAAGCUGUGCUUCCUAUAUGGUUGGCCACCAACAUCCCGCAACUGCGCCGAAGCAGGGUGGCAUACUGCUCUCAUUUGGCUGGUGCCCCGAGUAGGAUGUUCUACAACCCCUGCACGGAAACUAUUCCGGUGUAUAGGACGGAGAGUGUGUCCCUUAUUCUCACCUUACAUGGCAACCCGUUCAUCAUGAACCCCCCGCCCGAAGCCGAGGCUAAGCUCGAUGGCCAGCAGUUGAUAGCAGAAGCUCGAGCUUCACAUCUCCCUGAUAUUUGCGAAACUCCCUCAGAAGGCCAACGUCUUAAGAUCAGAGAUUGUACUAUGUGGGGGAUGCUCCAUAGCUGCUUGGUCUUUCCUUGUUCGAAGGCGAUGAUGUGUUGUAUAUGCAAAGCGUGCUUCAAUACUGAGAGGUCGAAGGCCUCCAGGAACAAGGUCAAGUGCGGUAAGCUAUUCUCUUGCGAGGACUUCAGCUGGUACAACGGACUCCGAGCAUUUGCUAAGCAUGCAACUAAUCCGGCGGCCCACCACAUGGACGAGGUGUAUAUCGAGGGUAUUGCAAGCGAAAAUCGAUACAAUAACCUAUACCCUAUCGUCACUAUCCAAGAUGAGGCGCUCCGUGGUCUCACUAUGGCCCAGCUUAUGAACACUGUAGCCCGCGAAGACUUCCCUGGCAGCUUUGGUGAGGUGGUGCAAAGGCUGCGCAAGUUUGUGCUUGACCGAGAGUCUCUGGCCAUCGGUGAACUCGAUGAUUAUAGUCGGUCAUCCAGUCCUCUCGGUCCGGUCGGUGGCUUCCUACAGGAUAAGAUCGGAAGAGUUGUAUUUUGGCAGGCCAACGCUAGGCUUGAGUAUAUGCCGGGUUUUGAUGCUGCUCGCCCUUACGUAGUGUGGCAAAACACGUGCCCCCUUGAUCCGGAGCUAGAUGCAGCUCUAGCACGAAGAUUAGUAGAGCUGGAGCCGGGACAUGGGUUCCAAGCUCAUCCCUCCCCUGCCGAGAGCUCACUCUACGGACUGCAGCGUGCUGAUUGGGAUGACCCCGGCCGCUGGAGAGCGCCUUCCUCGCCUGUAGGAGAUAGCCGUUAUACGACAGGUAGUGAAGGAUGGAUACGAGGCAUGACUUUUUCUUUGGCGCCGAAGUAUUAG